AUGAGCAGCUCUACCGUCGGGUCCCUUCUGGCUGCCAUCGCGACUCUGAUCAGUGAUGGCCUGCGUAUCUUGAAAUUCGCCGAUAAGCACCACUGGGGACCUGACGAACACGAGCAACUGCGCCUGUUGGAGGAUACACUCGAUGACGCCAAAAAGGACUUCCAGGAACUGUCAGUCCUUGUCAACGGCCAACGCUAUUACAUGAACGAUCGCAGACGUGAGUUGACCAACCCCGAACUUGCACUUUUGCCCUGCCUUGUGGCGCCCCGAACCGCAUUUCCUGCACGAUUCUACGGGACCCCGCGAUUAAUCCGUUCUGUUAUUGCUGAUGUCGCCGCCGCCGCCGCCGCCGCUGCUGCUACCAGACCUUCCACUGACGCGAUCUUUCUAGCACAAUCGAUCAGCGAGUUGAAGAGGUUACAAGGGAAAUUCGAGACACAUAUCGAAAACUUCAAGGACUGGGCAAAGGUUGGCGGACCAAUCAACCCGAUAUGGGCACGAGAAACGACUGAAUUGCGCCGGGAACUGCACCGCGCGCAAUGCCGGGCGGCAAGGAGGAUAUUCAAUUCGGAACAGGAGUCUUCGUCAAGGUGUCUCGGCGCAUUCCUCGUCUACAGGAAACAGCGAGAAUGGGCGACCCGAACCAUCGUGACAGAAGAAGAGUUCCACCGGCGGCAUGUGGAAGAGGUCAGGGCGUGCAACAACAUUGGCAAGUUUGAGCGCUUCGGAGACAGAGACAUUGCCUUUGUUUGCGACUUCUGCGACGGCCACCUCGUGUGGGGGGACCUAGAAACCAUGCCGGCAGUGCGCGCGGCGACAGACGCCACGAUCAACGCCGUAAGGCCAGGUUCACCCACACAACUGCCGCACUGGCAGGCGACCGCCUACGGCGCCGCGAAUCGAGAGCAAAAGACGGUUGUGUAUGCGCCCUUAGCCAUCGCGAACCACAUCGCGCCAUACCAAGGGGAUUGGGUAGCUCGUCUGGAGUGCCCCUUCUGCGACGAGGCUCCGUACAUUGAACCCGGUGAAGACGGCGACGACGAGAUGAGAAACGCCCAAGAUGAGUCUGGCUUCGAAGACCUACAGGCGUUCCAAGAACACCUGGAGUGGCAGCACACGGCGACAUCAAUACCCGCCGUGCCGCUACCCAAAGCGGCCAAGGACUGCGUGGUGAUGUGA